AUGCAGCCCCACGGCAUGAUACCUCAACCCAUGGCAGGGGCGAGCUUCCUCACAUGGUCGCGGAUACCGGCCGAUAUUCGCGUCCUGAUCCUAGAGAUGAUUGCAGAGACCAAGAACGAAGGCUGGCGGUCUUGUGCUGCUGUCUGCAAGGAGUGGCAUCGGGUGAUCGCCAGAGCAAACUUCCAAUCACUCCGACUCAACAACCCCCAUCCGAGGAAAUUCAGGGAUGUUGUGUUUGAGGCGGUGAUGGAUGAGUAUGGCUGUGACAAAUGCCCCGAGCCCAUGGAGUUGAGGGAGAUGUGGGGUGUUAGUGCCCGGCUUCGUCAGAAGUUGGUUGACCUCUUCCGACUCCUGGGUAUCCUGGAACAGACGACCAAGAACAGCUUGACUCUUCAUAUCAGCGUCUACUUCCCGAGCCACACAAAACAUUGGUUUAAAAAUUGGCACACUACAUCCGACCCCACGUAUAAGAGAAAGGGCGGAGCCAAACGCCCGCCUCAUACGUGGAACGACCAUGGCUGGGUUAGUGGCAAGCAGGUUAAGUCACCCCCUCUCUGGGCCCUUCUGAGGCCUUUUGAGGUCACGGUACUCGCUUUCCCAAAGGAACUUCCUUCGGUCAGCAAUGUGACACGGCUGGGUUUUGCGAUCUUCUUGACCAUGCGUCGGACACUGAAGACCGUGACAUACAAGCGCAUACCAUGCGGAGAUGUCGGCGCGAGUUUCGCUUACGACAGCCUAAGGCUUGAGAAGGUUUCUCUCGCAUUUAUGAUUGACGCCAGGGACUUUUUCGAUACUUGCCAGCGUUCUUGGAGGUGGCCCUGCCUUGAGUCACUCGCGUUAACAUCUCGGAUCCUUUGUGAACCCAAGACACACCAAGAGAAAAUAAAGGUUGAGAAUCUGUUCCGCGCGGCUGGCAGAGUGGCACGGCGAAUGCCCAAGUUGAAGACGAUGGUCCUUUGGAACGGCCAGGUGAAGAACGCCUGUGCAUUCAUUUACCACGUCGGCGCAGGCCCGGAACCUAUGGCCUCUAUUACCUGGCGUGGUACUUGGGAGAUGGAACUCACACACCGAGUCGUCGCGGUCUGGGAACGCGUGGCUGAAAAGCAAGGCUAUCUCAAACCACUCUGGGUCGCACAGGAACAUAUUAGCAAGGAGGAUAUUCUGUCGCAUGGCGAAGCGAUUCAUCAUCUGGCCAUGCCGUGUCAAGUCGUUGUGCCGGAGUUGUUGUGGCAGAUCCGUGACGAAGGGAGGUCUGGUGCCUGGGAGGCUAGAUGGAAUGUUGAGCCUUGA